AUGAGGAACACGGCGAGAUUAGUUGCGCGCACCGGCGCGCUCGCAGCGUCCCUGGAGGGCGUCGGCGGAGGGUGGCAGCGAUUAGCGGCCUGUCCGUCGGCGGCGUCGUGCCUCGCGAGCGACGCCAGGGCCGCGAGCUCGGUAGUUGGGCGUCCGAGCGACGUUCCCGGCGGGCUGAGGGACGUCCCCGGGUCGCCGAAGCGGAGCACAGCGACGUGGGUGGUGCGCGAGGCCACCCCGGCGCGCCGCGCGGCGUGCGAGGCGCUGGUCCCGAAGACGCCCCCGGCCGGCUGGCGGUCGGCCCACGCGGCCGUGGACGCCGCAGAUCCGGCGGCAAAGAACGGCGUCGAACCGGAGGAGGAGCCGAAGGUCAUAUUUGAGGCGUCCUGGCGGAAGAUAGAAGCCGAGCUCGGGCCCGAGAACAUGAUACCUCCGCGCGAGAUCGUGUGGCUCAACGGAGCGCCUGGCGCGGGCAAGGGGGCGAACACGCCCUUUCUGAUGAAGACGCGCGGGCUGUCCCGCGCCGCGGCGGUCUCCUCGCUCCUCGACAACGACACGGAGGUGAAGCGACUCAAGGACGAGGGCGCGCUCAUCCCUGACUCGCGCGUCAUGGACGUUCUUCUCCAGUGGAUAUUUGACCCCGAUUUCUCGGAUGGAACCGGCAUCCUCAUCGACGGCUUCCCCCGCACGGGCCUCCAGGCCGACAUGCUCAAGCUGCUCUACGACUCCAUGACGGACCAGCACCACCGGUACCGCGGCACGCCGCUCGCGAGCAAGUUCCCGCGGCCGUCGUUCAAGAUCGUCGUGCUCUACGUCGACGAAGACACCUCCAUCAAGCGGCAGCAGCAGCGCGCGCAGAAGGCCGGCAUCAAGAACAAGCGCACGCUCGACGCCGGCCUCGGCGAGCUGAGCGAGGUCCGCGCGACCGACCUCGACGAGCAGCGGUGCCGCAAACGCUACACCACCUUCAAGGAGCACUACGGCGCGAUGCUGCGGCUGAUGCAGUUCUUCCCGUUCGCGCUGAUCGACGCGAUGGGCACCGUCCAGGACUGCGAGGCCCAGAUCGCCCGCGAGCUGCGGUACCAGUCGGACCUUGACCUGUGCGAGGAGACGUAUCUGGCGAUCCAGCACCUGCCGCUCGCGAAGGAGGUGGUGACGCGGUCGCGGCAGCAGCUCGUGGCGCGGCUGGACACGUACGCGACGUGCGAGCGCGAGACGUUCUCGCGCGUGAUUUCGCACCUGGACGGGCACGUGAUCCCCGGGGUAGUCAAGUCGAGCCUGUCGGGGUUCUACGAGCACCGCACGUCGGACCCGCUCUUCCUCGAGCACCCGCAGGCGAUCGACAUGCUCAUCGACAUCCUCUCGGACCGCGGGUUCCAGUGCUCGCACACCACGGACAUGCGGCUGGUGCCCACGCGCUUUGACAUGCGCACGGGCGAGGUGCACAGCGUCGAGCACGCGACGCACCGCUUCCGCAUCCAGUUCCCGACGGAGAACGUCCGCGAGCUCGCGCAGGCGCGCAACGCCGACCAGCGCAAGUCGCGCGCCAGCGCCGCGCAGAAGCUGCACAUCAACAAGGUCCUCGAGUCGAACAAGGCGGGCGUGAUCCCGCCGCGGCUGAGCAGCGAGCUGGAGCACAUGAUGGACGUGAUCCGGCACCCGUCGCACGACCAGGAGGAGGAGGACAAGCGGAAGAAGGAGGCCGAGGAUCGGCUGUGGGAAGAGCAGUUGGGCUACGGAGACUGA